CUGGCUGCUCUUAGCUUAUACCUACCUGUUUUCCAGAACCCCAUGGGUCUCCCAGUAGCCAAGGCCAUGACUUCAGAAGAUGGAGAGUGUGUGGAAUGGAAAUAUAACCUGGUGUUGGAUGGUCCUGCUGAAGCCUGGCUGCUAGGGUUAGAGCAUACCAUGAGGGUUGUGCUUAGAGAUCAACUGAUAUUGACGAGAGCGGCUCUGAGGAAGUGUAAGUACCAAAGAGAGACGUGGAUCAACGACUGGCCAGGACAACUUGGAAUCACUGCUAGCAAGAUUCAAUGGACUUCAGACUGCACACGAACGCUCUGUCGUUGCGAGAUAAUGAAAGAAAAGAAACCUCUAAAGAAAUUACGCAAAAAACAGAAUCAAAUCCUCACCACGCUACAGAUGAUGUCGCGUAAAGAGAUCAGCAAGAUUUUGCGCGCUAAAGUCAAUGCUCUGUGCGUCAUCGAAAUACAUUCCAGAGAUACUGUUGAUAGGAUGUAUAAGAUGGGCUGUAUGAACGUGACCGCGUUCGAGUGGUUCUCUCAGCUGAAGUUCUACUGGGACCGAGAGCGAGAGGACUGUUACAUCAAGCAGACCAACACCAGCUCCGUUUACACGUAUGAAUAUAUCGGCAACUCGGGGCGGCUCGUCAUCACGCCGCUUACAGACAGGUGCUACAUAACACUAACGACAGCACUGCAUUUGUUCCGUGGUGGAAGCCCUCAAGGUCCGGCCGGUACUGGCAAGACCGAGACGGUGAAGGACCUGGGCAGAGCUCUGGCCAGAUGGGUGGUCGUCACCAACUGCUCAGACGGACUUGAUUAUAAGUCCAUGGCUAAGUGCUUUUCUGGUAUUGCCCAAAGCGGUUGUUGGGGUUGUUUCGACGAGUUCAACCGCAUCAACAUCGAGGUACUGUCGGUAGUGGCGCAGCAGAUCCUGGCCGUACUGCUCGCUCUCUCGCUCUUCCAGAAGCGGUUCAUGUUUGAAGGGAACGACAUCAAAAUCGACGCCAACUGUGGCAUCUUCAUUACUAUGAACCCUGGUUACGCGGGUCGUACGGAGUUGCCAGAUAAUUUGAAGUCCAUGUUCCGUCCGAUCGCGAUGUGCGUGCCGGACUCACUGAUCAUUGCUGAGAACACACUCUUCUCUGACGGGUUCACCGCUUACAAAAUCAAUGCUAAAAAGAUGGUGAUUCUAGCGAUGAGAGACAUGAAUGUAGCUCGUCUCACAGCGAAGGACGUGCCUCUUUUCGACGGUAUCAUGCAGGACAUCUUCCCUGACGUGGAGAUUCCCACCCUGGACUACGAGCUGCUGGAGACUGCCAUCACGGCUGAGAUGAGGCUAGCUGGGCUCCAACCUGUUAGGGCCGCUCUUCAUAAAGUUAUACAGACUUACGAGACUAAGAAUUCCCGUCACUCGAGUAUCCUGCUAGGUGAUACGAACACAGCUAAGUCAGUAUCCUGGAGGAUGCUGGCUGCGACCCUGACUAGACUCAAUAGAGAGAAGCAGCCAGGGUUCGAAGUAGUCCACACCUUCCCCAUGAACCCUAAGGCGCUGACUCUGGGAGAGUUGUACGGGGAGUAUAACCUGGCUACUGGAGAGUGGAAGGAUGGUGUCCUGUCUUCUAUCAUGAGGACCACUUGUCAAGAUGAUUCUCCGGAUAUGAAGUGGAUAAUAUUCGACGGUCCAGUGGACGCUAUAUGGAUAGAGAACCUCAACUCUGUGAUGGACGACAACAAGCUGCUCACUCUGGUAACCUUACUAAUUGAGACCUUGGACCUGGCCGUCGCAUCCCCAGCGACAGUAUCACGUAACGGCAUGGUGUACAAUGACUACAAAGACUGGGGCUGGUGGCCCUACGUCAACUCCUGGCUCGAAACUAUCGAGUCUCCUGAGUAUAGGGAGAUGCUCCGUCGGUUCUUCCUGUCCAUCCUGACCCCGAUCCUGGAGCUGAAGCGCACGUCGCUGCAGGAGGGCGAGUCAGUCCGCGGGCAGGAGCUGACGGGCGUGCGCUGCAUGUGCCGGCUGCUGGGCCGCCUGCCCGAGCCCGCGCCCGCGCUGCCCGACGAGCAGUCCGACAUCGAGGGACUCACUAAGAUGCGGUUCUUGUUUGCUGCUGGUUUCCACACGAUCUUGGUUCCCACUAUGGAGUUCAUUCGCAUCCAGAUAAUAGCGCUGGACAUGUUGAAGGCCGGGUACGGAGUGCUCAUAGGGGGGCCUACUGGCACUGGGAAGACAUUCCUUAUACAGGGGACACUCAACAGCUUAGAUCCUGAAAAGGGAAUGGGAUUGGAUAUCCAACUUAUGACGAGCUGGAGACGCGGUCCCAUAGAGCCUCUUUACCCACAACCCUGGGCCAUUUGUCUCAUCACACCUGCAUUUGUCGGUCCAGGUAAGAAGAUGAUAGCAUUCAUGGACGACAUCAACAUGCCAGUCCGUGACUACUAUGGGUCCCAGCCGCCGCUGGAACUGGUGCGGUUGUGGCAUGACUACGGAUACUGGUUCGACAGGGCCAAGCAGUGGAGGAAGAAUGUCAAGAACAUGGUACUAUGCGGCGCGGCAGGUCCCCCCGGCGGGGCCCGGUCCCCGCUGCCGGCGCGGCUACUGUCCUGCUUCCACUCCUUCUACCUCGCCUCGCCCACUCAACAACAACUCACGGUGCUGAUAGCGACAAUAGACAUGUUCAACAACGUGGUAGCUAAACUACUGCCCACCCCAAGCAAGAUGCACUACCUCUUCAACCUGAGAGAUAUCUCCAAGAUCUUCCAGGGCCUGCUACGCAGUAACAAAGACUAUACGAACACGAAGCCGCGGUUCCUUCGGCUGUGGAUACACGAAUGCUUCCGAGUCUUCUGCGACCGCCUUACUGAGGAGAAGUGGGUCUGGCAGAACUUGUCUGACGCGACUGGCGACCUAUAUCUGCGAGUACACGUCGUUCACAGUGGUCGUCACCAAGACAUAUGGUAUCAAGGAGUUUAGGGAGGAUCUAAAGGUUUUAUACACAGGCUGUGGAGUAGACCAGAAGAAGACCACGUUCAUAUUCUCCGACACACAGAUAGCUGAGGAGACCUUCACUGAGGUCAUGAACAAUCUACUGAGCAGUGGAGAGGUCACCAACCUGUACAAACCUGAUGAAUUUGAGGAUAUAAAGAGUGCGUUAGAGAAGCCAAUGAAAGCGGCCGGCUUGAUGCAGACUAAUGAAGUGAUAUACUUGUUCCUGGUGGACCGAGUGCGGAGUCACAUGCAUAUUGUGCUGUGUUUCAGUCCUAUUGGGGAGGAGUUCAGGAACCGUAUCCGCCAGUACCCGGCCCUAAUCAACGCGACAACCACGAACUGGUUCCUGGAGUGGCCGCGGGAGGCGCUGCUGGAGGUGGCGUACAAGUUCCUGCAGGGAGUCGAACUACUCGCCUCCAUCACUGGGCCUAGGGUUCGUAGAUUGGAAUCUUUGAUAGAAAGUCGCGAGGACGUGCUCCGUGCGUCUGUAGCGUCCAUAAUGUCCCUCAUCCACUCCUCUGUGGGGAAGUACUCCGUCAGGAUGUGGCAGGAGAUGAGGAGGACUAACUACGUCACUCCUACCAACUACCUGGAGCUUGUGGCUGGGUAUAAAGAGUGCAAGUGGGCCUGUACACGGAGCAGUGCAUCGAGUACAUGGGCGUCAUCAACGUGCAACAGCGCAACGCGGACGAGCAACAGCGCAGCGUCGCGGCGCGCAGCAAGAAGACGCAGGAGGAGGAGG